AUGGAGCACACUCUAGGCGCUGCCUGUCGCCUCCGUCCCACGCCAGACGCCGACAAGGACGAUGGAGCCCCCUGCAUCAAUGCGCAGUUCUUCUACACGUCCCUGUUCCCCAUUGACGAUCCGCUGUCCAGCACCGCUCCUGCUGGCGGCGCAGACUCGAAAUCGAAGGCGCCGCUCCGCCCGUUCUCCCACGAUGACAACGAUGUGCUCCAGCAGGCUUGGCUGGACCUCAUGUCGGAGAGCCACCGUCUCCAGCAUGACGCCAUUAGAAGCGGCCGAGAGCCUGGCCCGGCUGUCGUCAAGUCUGACAUGGAACGACGCGAUCAAAUCAUUCGAGAACUGGCCUCGAAGCAUAUCCGCAUCCACCAGGUCGACCGUCAGACGCGAACUUCCACGACGCAAGCCGCCGAGACGCUCCCAGAAACACUGCUUACAGCCUGCUGCCCCAGACUCACCGCCGACAUCCUAGAAAAGCUUGAUACACAAUUUUGUACGUUGGUGAGGAAGACGAAUCAACUAUUCACUGUCGAUGAGAUUGUAAAGGAUAUUAUUGCUGUCAUAAACCAGCACCACGAGCUUAGAACCGUCGCUGGCAGCAACCGGAACAUCCCCAUACGCCACCCUCGGUUGACUCGUGAUAGAGAGGCCAGCAUCUCCACUGGACGCGCCUCUCCUUCUGACAGUGCCAUAUCAUCAUCCUAUGGAGAGCACAUGAACUUGAAACCUCGUAGUGACUCUUACAAACAAGCAUCGGCUUUCCCCCAGGAGCGUAUCUUGCCUGAUGCGUCUCGCGCGGCUCAAACGUCUCAGAAUCGGCUGUCUCGAGAGCUCAAAGUUUCUGGACUAGUUCCUGCACCUCCUGCACCUGAUGAUGGCAUUUCCGGGAGACCGUUUGUGAGGGCAUUGGAGCCUGAAGAGAAGCCACAGCAGAUUGCAGAAGCAAAACAGCAACGUAGUGAUGUUUCAACUUUAGAACCGCCCCAGACCAGCGACAAACUUGCCAAGGAGAACGAUCAAGUAGCAGCAGAGCCGUUGACUCGAAUAGAGGACACCACUCCGGAUCUUGACGAGGAAAACAAGGAUGUCGUAGUUGGACUGGCUAGAUUGCACAAGGUGUCAUUGCACACGUUACAGAUGGAGCCCAUAUACUGGUCGCCAGUUAACGACAUUGCCAUUGUAACGAGAGGUACAUGGUUCUACAAAGAUACAAUGCUACCGGUACCACCAGCAGUUGCUAAUCAGCUAGAAGCUGGAUACCAGGAACUGCGUCCCUGGGCAGAAACUUGGCGUGACGAAGUACGUUGUGCUAUUGAAGUUGGGGCUUCGGGAGAGGAAAAGGUAUCUCAUCGGCUAUGGCCGGUCGAAGGCGAUGGACAAUAUCGAAAAUCCUCUUUACCAACAGAGCCUGCUAUUUCCACACAUCCAUUUUGUGCUGCACACUGCUAUCAAGGCGAAGCUGCGACAGAAGGCUCCCUCGGGCCGCAGCUAGUAGACGACGAGGAUUCCGAGAAUGCACCGCAACGCCCUUAUUCUAGCUACAGCGUCUUGUUUAAAGACCAAACAAGUGCCUUUUUAUUGAAGCCGAGCUUACAGCCAUCUGCGUAUUACGGUAGGCGGCCUCUCCAGAAAAUCAUGAGAGGAGGGACUGUGGGCAUUCCAGUGGUCCGAGGAUUUGAUAGACUGAGCUGGGAACGCAUGCACCGUGGGAAGCAGGUACAGCAUGCUAAACCGGCAUUUCAUGGUACCUCUGAUGGCAGUGCAGUGGAAGUUUGCCCUGCUUGUGAAGCAGAUAUAGACCGCAGUAAAGUGACAGACUUGGUGCUGGUGGCUCACGGGAUUGGCCAAAAGAUUGCUGAGAGAGUUGAAAGCUAUCACUUUACGCACGCUGUCAAUAGCUUCCGUCGAAUGGUUGACAGCGAGUUUCAGAAUCCGGCGGUGCAGGAAGUUUUGGACAACAGCCAGAGCAGACUCAUGGUUUUGCCUCUGAAUUGGAGAAUCGGCCUGUCGUUUGAAGACGGUGGCACUCUCCAGACGGGAAUGGAGACAAAUGAUUCGGCCGCAGCACAAGCUUUUGGCCUCAAGGACAUUGAGCCCAACACCAUUCCGGCCAUAAGGAGCAUGAUAUCGGAUGUCAUGUUCGAUAUCCCCUUCUACAUGUCUCACCACAAGGGCAAGAUGAUUGCAGCUCUCGUCAAGGAGGCGAACCGGGUUUACCGCCUUUGGUGCAGAAACAACCCCGGCUUUGCAGAGAAUGGACGUGUCCAUCUUGUUGCGCACUCUCUCGGCAGCGUCAUGGCGGUGGAAGUCUUGUCACGGCAGCCAACGGAUCUGCCACCGCUUGAUCUAGUACGGCUGGAGCCAGAAACCAAAUAUUUCGAGUUUGAUACGCGAAACCUCUUCCUGAUGGGAAGCCCCACUGGAUUUUUCUUGUUACUCGAGCGAGGAGCUCUUACACCGCGACGGGGACGCGUCAAACCUGGCAUGGAUGAGAGCGAAGUCAAGGCCGAAAAUAUAGGGGGCGACACUGGCGUGUUUGGAUGCUUGGCCGUCGAUAACAUUUACAAUAUCCUUGCCAAGGAGGAUCCCAUUGCCUACUUGCUCAACGGGACGGUAGACCCGGGAUAUGCGGCCAGUCUCAAAACAGCAUAUGUGCCUACCUCUUCGGCUUCGUUUUUCAAAUCUGUUGGCGAUGCUAUGCGUAACGCUGUCAUGGGCAGGAGUGGCAAUCCGACCACGUCCACGACUGGCGAUGGCCGCCCGUCGACAGUUCGCUUGCCCUCUCAGUUGGAACUCGAAGUGCACGACUUCACCAGAGAGGAAAUUGCCGAGAAGAAGGCCUUUCUUCUUAAUGACAACGGCCAGAUUGACUGGUUCAUCCGAUCUGGUGGCGGUCCGCUGGAGAUUCAGUAUCUGAACAUGCUGAGCGCUCAUAGCAGCUACUGGAGCAAUACGGAUUUCAUCCGGAUGCUGUGCAUUGAGAUUGGCCGGAAACCCGGCAGGGCAAAUACGCUGCCUGCUAUGAGGGCUGUCAAGGCUUCGAAGCGCAUUAUACCUACCACGAGAUGA